UGAAGCUACAAGAUGGCUGACCAGAACCCUGGGGGCAUUAGCCCCCUCCAACAAAUGGUGGCCUCAGGCACCGGGGCUGUGGUCACCUCCCUCUUCAUGACACCCCUGGACGUGGUGAAGGUACGCUUGCAGUCUCAGCGCCCCUCCGUGGCCGGUGAGCUGAUGUCUUCCUCCAGACUCUGGAGCCUCCCCUACGCCAAAUGGAAGUGCCUCCUGUACUGCAAUGGUGUCCUGGAGCCCCUGUACUUGUGCCCAAAUGGUGCCCGCUGUGCCACCUGGUUCCAGGACCCCACGCGUUUUACGGGCACCUUGGAUGCCUUUGUGAAGAUCGUGAGACAUGAAGGCACUAGGACCCUGUGGAGCGGCCUCCCAGCCACCUUGGUUAUGACUGUGCCGGCCACUGCCAUCUACUUCACCGCCUAUGACCAACUCAAGGCCUUCCUUUGUGGUCGAGCCCUGACUUCCGACCUCUACGCACCUAUGGUGGCUGGCGCACUAGCCCGCUUGGGAACCGUGACUGUGAUCAGCCCCCUGGAGCUGGUGCGGACAAAGCUGCAGGCUCAGCACGUGUCAUACCGGGAGCUGGGUGCCUGUGUCCGAGCUGCCAUGGCUCAGGGCGGCUGGCGCUCGCUGUGGCUGGGCUGGGGCCCCACUGCCCUUCGGGAUGUGCCCUUUUCAGGUAGGAAUCAGGGCGUAUCCUUGCGCCCCCAAGCCCUGUACUGGUUCAACUAUGAGCUGGUGAAGAGCUGGUUGAGCGGGCUCAGGCCAAAAGACCAGACAUCCGUGGGCAUCAGCUUUGUGGCUGGCGGCAUCUCAGGGACGGUGGCGGCCAUCCUGACUCUACCCUUUGACGUGGUGAAGACGCAACGCCAGGUCGCACUGGGAGCGGUGGAGGCUGUGAGAGUGACGCCCCCACACGCCGACUCCACCUGGCUGCUGCUGCGGAGGAUCCGGGCUGAGUCUGGCACCAGGGGACUCUUUGCAGGCUUUCUCCCGAGGAUCAUCAAGGCUGCCCCCUCCUGUGCCAUCAUGAUCAGCACUUACGAGUUUGGCAAAAGCUUCUUCCAGAGGCUCAACAGAGAACAGCCUCUGGGCUCUUAAAAGGAGCCAGGGGACAAGGACCCUAUCUCUUCCAUGGAUGGGGGUGGGGCAGAAGGAGACUGAGCCAAGUGCCUUGUCCUCAGCACUGAGGGGAGGAGCCUCAUUUCCCUUCCCUCUCAACUAUGAGCUCCAGGGGUUGGGGCUACCCCUCUAGGUCUGCGAAGGCCCCCCUAAAACAGCUUUCUUCCUGCUGUUCCUCAUUCCCAAGCCCCAAGGAUAAUCACUUUUCCAGCCCCCCGCCCCGACCAAGUUCAAGACCAAAUCUGAUAACUGCCCCCUCCCUUCCCACCAUUUCCCUGUGUUUGCUGUAGCUGGGUCUGCUUCUGGGAGCCACAAAACCCUGGGCCUGGUGUAGUCUGCACCCUUCCCUGUUAAUUCCUUGAGUCUAAAGAUGAUGAACUUCUC